GUGCAGUACAAGAAGCAGUACGAGAAGGGCAAGGCGGAGGCCGACUACAACACGCUGCCGGCCACGGAGAAUCCUCUCCUCCGGCAGCUCAGAUACGCCGGCACCAUCCUCAGCGAUAAAGUAUACAAAGCCAGUUAUGAGAAGUCCAGAGGCUCCAGCAUCAACUACUGCGACACACCCAAGUUCCAGAUGGACUCCGUGCUCAAGAAGCUCACCGACAGCCGUUACAAAGAGAAGUACGACCGCGAGGUGAAGGGCCACUACAUCGGCAGCUACGAGGACGUCUACAUGCUGCACUGCCAGAAGAUGGAGGAGAUGAAGAGCGAGCAACUUUAUAAAUCCGAGUAUGAAGACAUUAAGACGCGCUGCUUCUUCCCUCAAACCAUCACGCCUGAGUACGAAGUCGGGAAGAAGCUCCUCCAGUGCAGCGAUAAAACCUACCGGCAGCAUCCGGACAAAGUGAAGUUCACUCAGGUGGUGGAUUCUCCGGUUCAGCUUCAGGCCGCCAUCAACGCCAAGCAGCUGAGUGACCUGAACUACAAAGCGAAGUACGAGGACACCAAGUUUAAGAACUGCCUGCCCCCCGACUAUCCCUUCUUCAUCCAGUCCAGAGUCAACGCCUUCAACCUCAGCGACAACUGUUACAAGUACGACUGGGAGAAGUCCAAAGCCAAGAAGUUCGAGGUUCGGGGCGACGCCAUCUCGAUCCUCGCCGCCCGCGCUCACACCAACAUCGCCAGCGACGUCAAAUACAAGAAAGAGUACGAGAAGAACAAGGGCCAGAUGGUCGGAGCGCUCAGCAUCAACGACGACCCCAAGAUCCUCCACUCCGUCCACGUGGCCAAGAUCCAGAGCGAUCGUGAAUACAAAAAGGACUACGAGAAGACAAAGACCAAAUACCACGCGCCGCUCGACAUGAUGUCCGUCACCUUGGCCAAGAAGUCGCAGGGCAUCGCCAGCAUGGCGGGCUACCGCAGCAUCAGCACCAACUACUUCAUCCCCCCCGACAGCGUGCUGAUGGAGCUUGCCAAGAAAGCCAACACCAUCCAGAGCGACAAUGACUACAAGUCAGACUACAACAGCUACACCAAGGGCUCGCCGUGGAUCCCCUUCGGCUGCCUGGAGGUGGAGAAGAACAAGAAAGCCGCGGAGAUCCUGAGCGAGAGAAGAUACAGAAAGCACCCCGACAAGAUCCCCUUCACCUCCAUCGACGACCACCCUGUGAUGAUGCAGGCCAAAGUCAACCAGCUCCAGAGAAGCGACUUGUUCUACAAGAGAGGCCUGGAGAAGAUCCACCAGAAGUUCUCUCUGCCGGCCGAUCUCCCCGAGUUCGUCCAGGCCAAGUGCAACGCCUACAACGUCAGCCAGAACUACUACAAGCUGGCCUGGCAGGAGCUGAUUGCCAAAGGUUACGACCUGAAGCCUAAUGCUAUCUCCAUCGUUGCUGCCAAAGCCGCCCAGCACGCAGCAAGUGAUGUCCAGUAUAAAAAGGCUUACCAGAAGGCAAAGGGCCACCAUGUUGGCUUCCGCAGCAUCCAGGACGACCCCCUGCUGGUCCACUACAUGGGGGUGGCCAAGAUGCAGAGCGAGAAGAACUACAAGAAGGACUACCAUAAGUCCAAGCUGAAGUACCACACCCCGGUGGACAUGAUGAGCGUGGUCCAAGCCAAGCACGCCUCGUCUGUACAGACCUACACAGGCUACAAGCAGCCCAACCACAAGUACUUCCUGCUGCCCGACGCCAUGAGCCUGGGCCUCGCCCGCAACAUGAACUACAACGCCAGUGAUUAUAACUACAAACUGGACUACGAGACCUCGGUCAAGGGAGUCGGCUGGGUUCCUAUUGGUUCCCUGGAAGUGGAGAAAGCCAAGACAGCAGGAGCAGCUCUGAAUGAGUCAAAGUACCGCCAGCACCCUGACACCUUCAAGUUCACCAGCACCGUUGACUCCAUGAGCAUGGAGCUGGCCAAGACCAAUGCCAAGACCAUGAACGCGAAGGAGUACAAGGCCAGUGGAGAGAAGUUCAUGCACACUUACCAUCUCCCCGCUGAUGCUCCCGAACUGAUGCAAGCCAGAUACAACGCUGUCAACAUCAGCAAGAAUUACUACACCUAUGCUCAUCGUCAAGAUCUGCUCAAAGGCCAUCAUGUGAAGGAAGACGCUAUCUCCAUUGUGGCAGCGAGAAGUUCCAGAGACAUCGCCAGCGACUACAAAUACAAGCUGGCUUACGAGAAGGCCAGAGGCCACCACGUGGGCCACCGCAGCAUCCAGGACGACCCCCUGCUGGUCCACUACAUGGAAGUGGCCAAGAUGCAGAGCGAGAGGAACUACAAGAAGGACUACCACAAGUCCAAGCUGAAGUACCACUCCCCAGUGGACAUGAUGAGCGUGGUCCAAGCCAAACACGCCUCUGCUGCCCAGACCUUUACUGGUUACAGGAAGAUCCCUCACAACUACCUCCUCCUGCCCGACAACUUGCACCUGCAGCGGUGCCGCAGCAUGAUGGAGAUUCAGAGCGACAAUGUCUACAAGUCGGAUUACAAUAGUUACAGUCGAGGCUGUGGCUGGGUCCCCAUCGGCUCUGUGGACGUAGAGAAGGCCAAAGUUGCCAGAGCUGCGCUGGCUGAACGUGGCUACCGUCAGCAUCCCAGUACUUUCAAAUUCACCAGCAAGACUGACGCCAUGAACACGGCUCUGGCUCUGGCCAACACCAAGCACAUGGACGACGCUUCGUACAGAGCAUCUGGAGAGAAGUUCAAGCACACAUAUCAUCUGCCGGCCGACAGCCCAGAGUUCCUUCAGGCCAAGUUCAACGCUCAGACGAUGAGCAAGAGUCACUACAAGCAGAAGUGGCUGGCAGAUGUUGCCAAGGGAUACGACAUGAGGACUGAUGCUAUUUCCAUCCUGCACGCCAAGCAAGGAAGACAUAUUGCCAGCGAUGUCCAAUACAAGAAAGCAUACGAGAAGGCCAGAGGCCACCAUGUUGGCUUCCGCAGCAUCAAGGACGACCCCCUGCUGGUCCACUACAUGGAGGUGGCAAAGAUGCAGAGCGAAAAGAACUACAAGAAGGACUACAACAAGGCCAAGCUGAAGUACCACACCCCAGUGGACAUGAUGAGCCUGGUCCACGCUAAGCAGGCCUCUGCUGCCCAGACUAUGGCAGGAUACAAGAAGAUCCAACACAGUUACUCUCUGCUCCCCGAUGCCAUGAACCUGAAGCUGGCUCGCACCAUGAACGUCCAGUGUAGUGAUUGGGACUACAAGUCUGACUAUAACAGCUAUGUCCGAGGUACCGGAUGGGUCCCCAUUGGCUCCAUUGGAGUUGAGACCGCUAAAAUUGGAGGUCAGAUUCAGAGCGACAAUCGCUACCGCACUCAUCCAUCCACCUUCAAGUUCAGCAAGCUGAUGGACUCCAUGGACCUGACCCUGGCCACCGCCAACAACCAGAUCAUGAACAAGAAAGCAUACUCUGCUAAAUGGGAGAAGGACAAACUGACCGUCCACGUCAUGCCAGAUGCUCCGGAGAUCGUCCUGGCCAAAGCCAACGCCCUCAACAUGAGCAAUAAACUUUACAAAGCCGGUGUUUUGGAGAUGGCCAACAAAGGCUACCACCUCAAAGGCGACGCUAUCCCAAUUUUGGCCGCCAAGUCCGGUACCACCAUUGCCAGUAAUUACAAGUACAAGCUGGCUUACGAGAAGGCCAGAGGCCACCAUGUUGGCUUCCGCAGCAUCAAGGACGACCCCCUGCUGGUCCACUACAUGGAGGUGGCAAAGAUGCAGAGCGAAAAGAACUACAAGAAGGACUACAACAAGGCCAAGCUGAAGUACCACACCCCAGUGGACAUGAUGAGCCUGGUCCACGCUAAGCAGGCCUCUGCUGCCCAGACUAUGGCAGGAUACAAGAAGAUCCAACACAGUUACUCUCUGCUCCCCGAUGCCAUGAACCUGAAGCUGGCUCGCACCAUGAACGUCCAGUGUAGUGAUUGGGACUACAAGUCUGACUAUAACAGCUAUGUCCGAGGAACCGGAUGGGUCCCCAUUGGCUCCAUUGGAGUUGAGACCGCUAAAAUUGGAGGUCAAAUUCAGAGCGACAAUCGCUACCGCACUCAUCCAUCCACCUUCAAGUUCAGCAAGCUGAUGGACUCCAUGGACCUGACCCUGGCUACCGCCAACAACCAGAUCAUGAACAAGAAAGCGUACUCUGCAGCUUGGGAGAAGGACAAGCUGACCGUCCACGUAACGUCAGAUGCUCCAGAGAUUGUCUUGGCCAAAGCCAACGCCCUGACCAUGAGCAAUAAACUUUACAAAGCCGGUGUUUUGGAGAUGGCCAACAAAGGCUACCACCUCAAAGGAGAUGCUAUUGCAAUUUUGGCUGCCAAGUCCGGUACCACCAUUGCCAGUAAUUAUAAGUACAAGCUGGCUUACGAGAAGGCCAGAGGCCACCAUGUUGGAUUCCGCAGCAUUAAAGACGACCCCCUGCUGGUCCACUACAUGGAGGUGGCAAAGAUCCAGAGCGAAAAGAACUACAAGAAGGACUACAACAAGGCCAAGCUGAAGUACCACUCCCCAGUGGACAUGAUGAGCGUGAUCCAAGCCAAGCAGGCCUCUGCUGCCCAGACUAUGACGGGAUACAGGAAGAUCCAACAUAGUUACUCUCUGCUGCCCGAUGCCAUGAACCUGCAACUGGCUCGUAACAUGCAGAUCAUUGCCAGUGACAACCAGUACAAGAGUGAAUAUGACAGCUACAUAAGGGGAACAGGAUGGGUUCCCAUUGGUUCGUUGGAUGUUGAGAAAGCAAAACUUGCUGGAAAGAUCUUAAGUGAGGCCCAGUACCGUCAGAGUCCGACCAAAUGGAAAUUCACCAAGGACAUGCACUCCAUGGAUCUGACAUUGGCAUCUGCCAACAACCAGAUAAUGAAUAAGCAAUCCUACAUCACUGCUUGGGAGAAAGACAAGACUUCUAUCCACAUCAUGCCUGAUGCAAUGGACAUUGUUCUCGCUAGAGGAAACAAGAAGAACGUCAGUGAGAAACUGUAUAAAUUGGACAAUGAGCUGUCCAAGAAGAAGGGCCAUAAUCUCCGGGGUGAUGCCAUUGCCGUCCAAGCUGCCAAAGCCUCCACAGCUAUAGCUAGUGAUUACAAGUACCACGCAGGGUACCGUAAGCAGGUGGGCCACCACAUCGGCGCUCGCUGCGUCCAGGACGACCCUCUGCUCGUGCUGGCUCUCAACUCGGCCAAGAUCGCCAGUGAUGCCCUGUACAAGAAGGACUUCAACAAGUCCAAGACCAAGUUCAACCUGCCGGUGGACAUGAUGGCCUUUGAGCUGGCCAAGAAGAACCAGAUCCAAGUCAACCACGCCAACUACAUCACUCGCCUCCACAACUGGACGUGUCUGCCGGACUCCACUGAUGUGGUCCAAGCCAGACAUGCUUAUGAAAUUAUGAGCGAUGCUGUGUACAAGGAGGAUCAGAAGAUGAUGCAGGGCAUCGGGUGGGUGCCAAUAGGUUCACUAGAUGUUGAGAAGGCCAAGAAAGCUGGCGAGGCCCUGAAUGAGAGAAAGUAUCGCCAACCGCCCAGCAACUUCAAAUUCAAAAUGACCACCGAAGACAUGCCCAUGGUGUUGGCGAAGGCCAACGCUCAGGUUAUGAACAAGCAAUCUUACAUACAAGCGUGGGAGAAAGAUAAAACCACCAUUCAUCUCAUGCCCGAUGCCAUGGACGUUCAACUGGCCAAAGCAAACAAAUCCAACUACAGUCUGAACAUGUACAAGCAGGCCAAUGAAGAAGCCAAGAAGAAGGGAUAUGACCUGCGUAACGACGCCAUUGCCAUCCUCGCUGCCAGGGCUUCCAGGGACAUUGCCAGCGACUACAAGUACCACGCAGGGUACCGUAAGCAGGUGGGCCAUCACAUCGGCGCUCGCUGCGUCCAGGACGACCCUCUGCUCGUGCUGGCUCUCAACUCGGCCAAGAUCGCCAGUGAUGCCCUGUACAAGAAGGACUUCAACAAGUCCAAGACCAAGUUCAACCUGCCGGUGGACAUGAUGGCCUUUGAGCUGGCCAAGAAGAACCAGAUCCAAGUCAACCACGCCAACUACAUCACUCGCCUCCACAACUGGACGUGUCUGCCGGACUCCACUGAUGUGGUCCAAGCCAGACAUGCUUAUGAAAUUAUGAGCGAUGCUGUGUACAAGGAGGAUCAGAAGAUGAUGCAGGGCAUCGGGUGGGUGCCAAUAGGUUCACUGGAUGUUGAGAAGGCCAAGAAAGCUGGCGAGGCCCUGAAUGAGAGAAAGUAUCGCCAACUGCCCAGCAACUUCAAAUUCAAAAUAACCACCGAAGACAUGCCCAUGGUGUUGGCGAAGGCCAACGCUCAGGUUAUGAACAAGAAAACAUAUGUUGAAGCCUGGGAGAAACAGAAGUCAAAGGUCCACAUCAUGCCUGACGCUAUGGAUGUUCUUCUAGCCAAAGCCAACAAUGUCAACUACAGCUUGAAAAAGUACAAGCAGGCAAAUGAAGACUCCAAGAAGAAGGGCUACGACAUGCGCCAAGAUGCCAUUUCUGUUAAAGCAGCCAGAGCUUCUACUGACAUCGCCAGUGAUUACAAGUACCACGCAGGGUACCGUAAGCAGGUGGGCCAUCACAUCGGCGCUCGCUGCGUCCAGGACGACCCUCUGCUCGUGCUGGCUCUCAACUCGGCCAGGAUCGCCAGCGACGCCCUGUACAAGAAGGACUUCAACAAGUCCAAGACCAAGUUCAACCUGCCGGUGGACAUGAUGGCCUUUGAGCUGGCCAAGAAGAACCAGAUCCAAGUCAACCACGCCAACUACAUCACUCGCCUCCACAACUGGACGUGUCUGCCGGACUCCACUGAUGUGGUCCAAGCCAGACAUGCUUAUGAAAUUAUGAGCGAUGCUGUGUACAAGGAGGAUCAGAAGAUGAUGCAGGGCAUCGGGUGGGUGCCAAUAGGUUCACUGGAUGUUGAGAAGGCCAAGAAAGCUGGCGAGGCCCUGAAUGAGAGAAAGUAUCGGCAACCGCCCAGCAACUUCAAAUUCAAAAUAACCACCGAAGACAUGCCCAUGGUGUUGGCGAAGGCCAACGCUCAGGUUAUGAACAAGAAAUCAUACGUUGAAGCCUGGGACAAAGAAAAGUCAAAGAUCCACAUCAUGCCUGACGCUAUGGAUGUUCUUCUUGCCAAAGCUAACAAUGUUAACUACAGCUUGAAAAAGUACAAGCAGGCAAAUGAAGACUCCAAGAAGAAGGGCUACGACAUGCGCCAAGAUGCCAUUUCUGUUAAAGCAGCCAGAGCUUCUACUGACAUCGCCAGUGAUUACAAGUACCACGCAGGGUACCGUAAGCAGGUGGGCCACCACAUCGGCGCUCGCUGUGUCCAGGACGACCCUCUGCUCGUGCUGGCUUUCAACUCGGCCAAGAUUGCCAGUGACGCCCUGUACAAGAAGGACUUCAACAAGUCCAAAACCAAGUUCAACCUGCCGGUGGACAUGCUGGCCUUUGAGCUGGCCAAGAAGAACCAGAUCCAAGUCAACCACGCCAACUACAUCACUCGCCUCCACAACUGGACGUGUCUGCCGGACUCCACUGAUGUGGUCCAGGCUAGACAUGCUUAUGAAAUAAUGAGCGAUGCCGUCUACAAAGCUGACCUGAAGUGGCUCCAGGGCACGGGCUGGGUCCCUAUCGGCUCACUGGAGGUGGAGAAAGCCAAAAAGGCUGGAGAUGCUUUGAACGAAAGGAAAUACCGCCAGCCCCCCUGCAAUAUUCCCUUUACCAGCACCACGCAGGCCAUGAACCUCGUGCUGGCAAAGAAUAACGCUUUGACCAUGAACAAGCGUCUCUACACCGAGGCAUGGGAGAACGACAAGACCAAGCUACACAUCCAACCGAACACCCCUGAGAUUGUCCUCUCUCAGCAGAACGCUAUCAACAUGAGCAAGAAAUUGUACAGACAAGGCUAUGAGGCCACUAUCAACAAAGGAUAUUUCCUCCCCGUGGAUGCAGUGUCCGUGAAGGCUGCGAAGGCCUCCAGGGACAUCAUCAGUGAUUACAAGUACCACGCAGGGUACCGUAAACAGGUGGGCCAUCACAUCGGAGCCCUCAGCGUCCACGACGACCCUCUGAUCGUGCUGGCUCUCAACUCAGCCAAGAUCGCCAGUGACGCCCUGUACAAGAAGGACUUCAACAAGUCCAAGACAAAGUUCAACCUGCCGGUAGACAUGUUGAGCCUUGAGCUGGCCAAGAAGUGCCAGAUCCAAGUCAACCACGCCAACUACAUCACCCGCCUGCACCAGUGGACCUGCUUGCCGGACUCCAAUGAUGUUGUGCAGGCCAGAAAGGCCUACAAUCUUCAGAGCGACGCUGUAUACAAAGCCGACCUAGAGGAUAUCGUGGGCGUAGGAUGGGUCCCCAUUGGUUCGCUUGGUGUGUUGAAGGCCAAGAACGCCGGUAGAAUUCUCAGCGACCAUCUCUACAAGUUGAAACCAGACACACAGAAGUUUACAACUGAUAUGACUUCGCUUCCAAUGGUCUUGGCCAAAGCAAAUGCUGAAAUCAUCAACAAGAAACACUACACUGCUGCUUGGGAGGCUGACAAAGUCAAGAACCAUAUAAUCCCCGAUUUACCCGAGAUUGUGCUCUCCAAAGCUAACGCUUACAACAUUAGCAAGAAACUAUACAGGGAAGGUGUUGAGGAGAUGUUCAGGAAGGGCUACGACAUCAAGUCCGACGCUGUCUCUAUCGUUGCUGCCAAACGUGGAAGAGAAAUCAUCAGUGAUUACAAGUACCACGCAGGGUACCGUAAGCAGGUGGGCCACCACAUCGGGGCCCUCAGUGUCCAUGACGACCCUCUGAUCGUUCUCGCUAUGAACUCUGCCAAAAUUGCCAGCGAUGCCCUGUACAAGAAGGACUUCAACAAGUCCAAGACCAAGUUCAAUCUGCCGGUGGACAUGUUGAAUAUUGAGCUGGCCAAGAAGUGCCAGGUCCAAGUCAAUGACUUCAACUACAGAACUCAUCUGCACAACUGGACCUGCCUGCCGGACUCCAACGACGUGGUGCAGGCUAGAAAGGCCUACGACCUGCAGAGCAACGCUGUUUACAAAGCCGACAUGGAAUGGAUCAGGGGAACAGGCUGGGUGCCAAUCGGUUCAGUCGAUGUGGAAAAAGCCAAAAAGGCGUCCGAGAUUCUGAGCGAAAUCAAGUACCGUCAGCAUCCCAGCCGCUUCAAAUUCACUGCCAAGACAAGUGACAUGCCGUAUGUCCUCGCUCAAACAAAUGCCCAAACCAUGGACAAGAAAGCGUAUACUUCUGCCUGGGAGAACGACAAGCUCAACCUCCACAUCAAGUGUGACACCCCAGAAAUCAUCCUGGCCAAGCAGAACAAAAUCAAUACCAGUCAGAAACAAUAUCGUGAAGGCUACCAGGACACCAUAAACAAAGGCUACUACCUUCCCAAAGAUGCAAUUUCUGUUUUAUCAGCUAAGGCCUCUCGAGACAUCGUCAGUGACUACAAAUACAAGGCCGGGUAUCGCAAGCAGCGCGGCCACCACAUUGGUGCGCUCAGCAUACAGGACGACCCUCUGAUCAUGUUAGCCGCUAACGCCGCAAAGAUCUCCAGCGAAAACAUAUACAAGAAGGACUUCAAUAAGACCAAGACCAAGUACAACCUGCCGGUGGACAUGCUGACCAUCGAGCUGGCCAAGAAGUGCCAACAGCAAGUGAACGACUUCAACUACAGGACCCACUUGCACCAGUGGACCUGCCUGCCGGACUCCAGCGACGUGGUUCAGGCCAGGAAGGUGUACGACCUGCAGAGCGAUGCCGUGUAUAAAGCCGAUAUGGAGUGGCUGAGGGGAUGCGGCUGGUCCCCACAAGACUCCGUGGACGUGGUCAAAGCUAGAAAUGCUCAGGCCAUCAUCAAUGAGCGGCUCUACCGCCAGCCCCCGAGCACCGUGAAGUUCACCAGCGUGGUCGACCUCCCAGCGAUUGUGUUGUCCAAGCAGAAUGCCCACAACAUCAGUGAUUGGAAGUACAGAGAAGUCUGGGAUAACGAGAAGCUCUCCUUCCGCCUGCCGUCUGACGCACCCGGCUUCGUUCUGUCCAAAGCCAACGCUAUCAGCAUCAGCAACACACUGUACACAAAGGCAUGGGACGCGCAGAAGGCCAAAGGCUACCACCUCAAGGAGGACGCCAUCUCGGUGCUGAAGGCUAGAGCUUCCAGAGAUAUCAUUAGUGACUACAAGUACCACGCAGGGUACCGUAAGCAGGUGGGCCACCACAUCGGGGCUCGCUGCGUCCAGGACGACCCUCUGAUCAUGCUGGCUCUCAACUCGGCCAAGAUCGCCAGCGACGCCCUGUACAAGAAGGACUUCAACAAGUCCAAGACCAAGUUCAACCUGCCGGUGGACAUGUUGAAUAUUGAGCUGGCCAAAAAGUGCCAGAUCCAAGUCAACGACUUUAACUACAGAACUUAUCUGCACCAAUGGACCUGCCUGCCGGACUCCACCGACGUGGUCCAGGCCAGAAAGGCCUACGACCUGCAGAGCGAUGCUGUGUACAAAGCUGAUAUGGAGUGGAUACGUGGGUGUGGAUGGAUACCACAUGAGUCUGUGGAUGUCGUGAAGGUCAAACAUGCCCAGAAGGUCCUUGCUGAUAGAGGCUACCGUGUCAAGUUGGAUGAUCAGAAAUUCACUGUCAAAACUGACAGAAUCGACAUGGUUCGUGCCAAGAAUGCGGCUGCAGUCCUCGACGAGGUUAAAUAUCGCGAGGCCUGGCACAACGACAAGACCAAGUUCACGUCCUCCGACACACCGGUUCUCGCCACAGCCAGAGAGGUGGCGAAGAACCUUCACCCGAAACUGUACACCAAAGCUUGGGAUAAGGUCAAAGCCACGGGCUACUUCAUGCCCGGAGACGCCGUCCCAAUCAAGCAGUGCAUCCAGACCAGUAAAGUUCAGAGUCAACAUAAGUACCUCGAGAGUUACCGUAAGCAGGUGGGCCACCACAUCGGAGCCCUCAGCGUCCGUGACGACCCUCUGAUCAUGCUGGCCCUGAACUCCGCCCGGAUCGCCAGCGACGCCCUGUACAAGAAGGACUUCAACAAGUCCAAGACCAAGUUCAACCUGCCGGUGGACAUGCUGCAGUUCGAACUGGCCAAGAAGUGCCAGAUUCAAGUCAAUGACAACAUCUACAGAACCCGCCUGCACAACUGGACCUGUAUGCCGGACUCCAGUGAUGUCAUCCAGGCCCGCAAAGCCUACGACCUUCAGAGUGAUAAUGUGUAUAAGGCGGAUAUGGAAUGGAUUCGCGGCUGCGGCUGGAUAGCAGCUGAAUCUGUUGACCACGUCAAGGUCAGGAAGGCCCAGGAGAUCAUCAACGAGAGGCACUACAAGAAACAUGCCAAAGACUGCUUCUCAAAAUUCACCCAUGUAGCGGACCGUCCUGAGAUCGUCUUGGCAAAGAUAAACGCUGCAAACCUCAGUGAUCUGAAGUACAAGGAGACAUUCAAUGCAGAGAAGGGUCAAUAUAUCGGUUCAGAAGACACCCCUCAACUGGCUCACAGUAGGGAGGCGUCCAAGAACAUCAGUGAGAAACUCUACAAGCAGCAAUGGGACGAGUCGAAGGCUACCGGCUACCAGCUGAACCACCAGUACAUCCCACUGCUCAGCGGCAAGAAGGGCCGGGAGAUCAUCAGCGAUGUCAAGUACAAGGAUUUGCACGAGAAGGCCAAGGGUCACUACAUGGCCGGGACGCUGGUGGACUUCCCCGAAGUGAUGCGCUGUGGAGAGCAGGAGAAGAACAAGGGACUGAGGGUCUACACAAAAGACUACAACCACACCAAGACCAAGACCCACCUCCCACCAGACAUCAUCGCCAACCAGGUCGCUAAGCGUUGCCAGGACAUGCUAAGCGACGUCCUCUACCGCACAUACCUGCACCAGUGGACAUGUCACCCCGACCAGGAGGAUGUCAUCCGAGCCCGCAAGACCAAUGAGAUCCUCAGUGAUGUCUUCUACAAGGACGACCUGAACUGGAUGAAGGGGAUGGGUUGCUUCGUCUGGGACACGCCGGAGAUCGUCCGAGCCAAGAAAUCCUACGAGCUGCAGAGUGAACUCAAAUACAGAAAUGAGGCCAAGAAGGAGUUCAACAAUUACUCCAUCGUGACGGACACACCGGCCUACGUGACCGCCGUCCUGGGUCACACCUGGGCCAGCGACCUGAACUACAAGGAGGCGUAUCACAAGGAGAAGCACCUGUACACCACCGUGUUGGAUACGUACGACUACGCCCGAUGCGUCAACUUCAAGCACUUCUUCAGCAAGAAAGAGUACAGCGCCGCAUGGGACAAAGUCAAAGCCAAGAGCUACCAGAUCCCUCAAAAUUUGCACGUUUUGCAGCACGCCAAGCAGCAGAAGGUCAUCCUCAGGGGGGUGAAGUACAAGGAGGACUACGAGAAGUUCAAGUCCCUCUACAGUCUACCCAAGUCUCUGGAGGACGACCCCGCCACCGCCCGCUGCGUCAAAGCCGGGAAGCUGGUCCUGGACCGGCUCUACCGGGAGGACUACGAGAAGACCAAGGCUAAGAACCACAUCCCGCCGGACAUGCUGGAGAUCCUCUCGGCCCGCAACACCCAGUCCACAGUCAGCGGGAUCCACUACCGCAAGUACCUGCACCAGUGGAUCUGCCUCCCCGACAUGCAGGUGUACACGCAGGCCCGCAAGGUCAACGAGCAGCUCAGCGACAUCAUCUACAAGGACGACCUGAACUGGCUGAGGGGAAUCGGCUGCUACGCCGCGGACACGCCGGAGAUCAUCCGGGUGAAGCACGCCGGUGACCUUCAGAGCGAGAACAAGUACCGAGCCAAAGGCAUCGAGUCCUUCAAGGAGUACUCGGUGGUGACGGACACGCCGGUGUACGAGACCUCCAAGCAGAACUCCCUGAACCUGAGCGACCUGCACUACCGCUACGACUACAACACUAACAUCAAGGGGACCAACACAGCUCCUGCUGUCACCAUGGAGACGGAGCGAGCCCGCAUGGCCAACUACAUCCAGAGCGACAACUCGUACAAGGAGGCCAACAAGAGCCUGAUGCCCACAGGCUACUCCCUCCCCAGCGACACCCCGCUCAUCAAGCAGGCCAAGAUGAACAGCGUGGUCACCAGCUACGUGAAGUACAAGGAGGCCUACGAGAUGAUGAAGGCGAAGGCCUACACUCUUCACCCAGAGGGCGUCAACUUUGUCAACUCCAGGAAAGCCAACAAGAUCACCAACAACCGUCUCUAUCGGGAAGAAUACCACAAGCAGAAGGACAAGAUCCACAGCAUCUACGACACUCCAGACAUCAAACAAGUGAAGAUGAACCAGGAGCACCUGAGCGAGCUGUGCUACAGAGAGAAGUACUACAACAGCAGAGGUCAGCUGAUCUCUCUGCCCAUCACGCCCCAGCUGAUGCACUGCUACCACGUCAACCAGAUCACCAGCGAGCUGAAGUACAAAGAGGACCUGACGUGGCUGAGGGGACUCGGCUGCUUCCUGUACGACACCCCGGAGAUGAUCCACAUCCGUAACAUCACCAAGCAAAGGGCGAUCUACCCGGUGGAGGCCAAGAAGAACCUCGCCAACUUCUCUGUGGUCCUCGACACGCCGGAGUACAACCGUGUGACGGAGCUGAAGAGCCACAUGAGCAACAUGAUCUACAAGGCCCAGAGCAAGCAGGAGAUGGCGAAGGUCUCCACCACCGGGGACUCUGUUGACAUCCUGAGGGCCAAGUGGGCCCAGCAGCUGACCAACAACUUCCAGUACACCAACGUGGCCAGCAAGGAGCGAGCUCACUUCACCCAAGAGAUGGACACCCCGACCAUGGGCCACUCCAGGAGGAUGAAGGUGGUCUGCAGCGAUAACAAAUACAAAGACCAGUACGAGAAGAUGAAGCACAGGUACACGGCCAUCGCCGACACGCCUCUGCUCAUCCGGGCCAAGAAGGCCUACCUCCAGUCCAGUGACCUGCGUUACAAAGAGACCUUCGAGCUCUCUAAGGGUCACUACCACACAGUGAAGGACGCCCUGGACAUCACGUACCACCGCAGGGUCACGGAUGACAUCAGCGAGGUGAAAUACAGAGAGAAGUACAUCAACUCUCUGGGGACGUGGAAGUCCAUCCCCGACCGGCCCGAGUUCUUCUUCAGCAAGAUCGCCAACGACAAUAUCAGCAGCGUGAAGUACAAGGAGGACCUGGAAUGGCUGAAGGGCCUCGGCUGCUUUGUGUGGGACACGCCGGAGCUGGUGCAGGCUGAGAGGAACAAGACGCUGUACAGCGAGAGACUCUACAAAGCGACCUACGAGAAGAACAGAGGCAACUUCAAGUACACCUGCGACACGCCCUUCUUCCAGGCCGCCAAGUACGCCUCCACCCUCAUCGACGAGGCUAAGUAUAAAUCCAGAGCUAAGGAGCUGCUAAAGAGCGGCUGCAAUGAGCUUCACCGGCCCGACAUCCUCUUGGCCCUUUACCAGUCCACUAUGAGCAGUAAGUGGAGGUACAGGGAGCAGUACGAACGAGCCAAGGACAAGUUCACCUCCAUCCUGGAGACCCCCGAGUACGAGACCCACAAACGCAGCAAGAAGAUCACAGACAUCAUCUACAAGAUGGAGCACAACAAGACCAAGGCCAAGGGCUACACCUUGCCUUACGACACCCCGCACACACAGCACAUGAAGAGGGUCAAGGACAUCACCAGCAGCAUGAAGUACAGAGAAGUUUACGAGAAGAGCAAAGCCCAGAUCAACAUCGACCCCGAGGCUCAUGAGAUCCGUGCUGCCAAGGAGGCCUACAAGAACAUCAGCAACCUCGACUACAAGAAGAAGUAUGAAGCGACCAAGAACAAGUGGAUCUGGACAGCGGACCGACCCGACUUCCUGAAUAACGCCAAGAACUCCUUGCAGCAGAGCGACGUCGAGUACAAGUACGACAAAGAGAUGAUGAAGGGCUGCGUGAUGUCCGUGGUGGACGACAAGUUGACCCUCCUGGCCAUGAAGAAUAACGACAUGGCCAGCGAGGUGAAGUACCGAGAGAAGUACGAGAAAGGGAAGGGCCACUACGUCCCCGUCAGCGACACUCCCCAAAUCCUGCACGCCCAGGCGGUGCGCUCCCUGGUGUCAGAGAGCAAGUACAAGGCGGCCAGUAAGAAGAACAUGCAAUCCGGUUCCUUCACGACCCUGUCGGAGACCCGGGACACGGUCCACAGCAAGGAGAUCAACAAGCUGGUCAGCGGGAAAUUAUACAAAGCGAAGUUUGAGAAGGAGAAGGGCAAGUCAAUCUACAACAACAUGAACGUUCCACCUGAGGUGCAGCACGCCAUGGGAGUGACCAAGAAUCAGAGCAACGUGGCCUACAAGAAGGAAGCCAAAGCCAACCUCCACUACACCAGCGUGGUGGACCGCCCCGACAUCCAGAAAGCCACUCAGGCCGCCAAGCUCAUCAGUGAGGUGGGCUACCGUGAGAAGGCCCGUGCGGAGGCGGGCCGCGGAGGUUCUCUGGUGCACCGGCCCGACAUCGCUCUGGCCACCGAGGUGUCCAAGCUGACCAGCCAGGUGGAGGACAAGCCCUCCCUCCACGGAGCGUCUUCCUAUGACACCCCCCAGAUGCGCCACAUUAAGAAAAUGAGUGCGAUGACUAGUGACGUGAAGUACAAGGAGAAGUUUGACAAGGAGAUGAAAGGAAGGAAGCCCCAGUAUGACCUGAAGAACAGUAAUUACCAGACGCUGAAGGAUGCCAACGUGCUGGCGAGUGAGGUCAAGUACAAGGGAGACCUGAAGAAGCUCCACAAGCCGGUGACCGACAUGGCCGAGUCUCUGUCCAUGCAGCACAACCUGAGCACCAGCAAGCUGUCCAGCAGCUACUGCUACAAGAAGAAGCACGAGGAGAGUAAGGGUCACUACCACAUGAUCGCUGACACACCACAGCACCUCCAUCACAAGGAGGCCUCUGAGCUCCAGAGCAACGUGAAGUACACGGAGAAGUAUGAGAAGGAGAAGGGGAAGGCCAUGCUGGACUUUGAGACGCCCACGUAUGUGACGGCUAAGGAGGCGCAGCACAUGCAGAGUCAGAAAGACUAUAAGAAGGACUUUGAGGAGCACAUGAGGGGCAAGAACCUCUCAGGGUUGGAGGUCACGCCCGCCAUGAUACAUGUCAGACACGCCACCAGAAUAGCCAGUGAGAAAGAGUACAGGAGGGAUCUAGAGGAGGGGGUGAAGGGUAAAGGGCUAACUGUGCUGGAGGAAACUCCGGAGCGCUCUCUCCAACAUAGUGCGUCCCAUGAGGCUGUCUUCAGAGUGCGUCCUCAGAGUGUGUCUUCAGAGUGUGUCUUCAGAUGUGUGUCCUCAGAGUGCGUCCUCAGAGUGUGUCCUCAGUGUGUCCUCCGUGUGUCCCCAGUGUGUGUCCUCAGUGUGCGUUGUGUAUCACAAAUGAGGCUAAUUACCUCCUUUCAUGUAAAGAUUCAGUACAAAGAGGAGGUGGGAGGAGGAACGUCUUUGCCCGAGACCCCCGAGAUGGAGAGAGUUAAACACAACCAGCGGAACAUUAGCACGAUUCAGUACAAGGAGUCGGUGGGCCGCGGCACGUCCAUCCCAGACCUCCCCGAGGUGAAGCGGGUCCGAGACACCCAGAAGAACAUCAGCUCGAUUCAGUACAAAGUGGGAGUGGAACAAGGGACGUCGGUCUCAGAGACGCCCGAGAUGGAGCGAGUCAAACGCAAUCAGCACAACAUUAGCACGAUUCAGUACAAGGAGUCAGUGGGCCGCGGCACGUCCAUCCCAGACCUCCCCGAGGUGAAGCGGGUCCGAGAAACCCAGAAGAACAUCAGCUCGAUUCAGUACAAAGUGGGAGUGGAACACGGGACGUCGGUAUCGGGGACCCCCGAGAUGGAGCGGGUCAAACGCAAUCAGCGCAACAUCAGCACGAUAAAAUACAAGGACUCUCCGGGUCGGGGCACGGCCAUCCCGGACCUGCCCGAGGUCAAGCGGGUCAAACAGACGCAGCAGAACAUCAGCUCGGUGUUGUAUAGAGACAGUUCAGCCAAGGGGACCCCCGUGGUGUUUACCCCGGAGAUGGAGCGGGUCAAAAGGAACCAAGAAAACAUUAGCUCGGUGCUGUACUCUGACAGCUUCCGUAAGCAGGUGCAGGGAAAGGCCGCCUUCGUGCUGGACACACCUGAGAUGAGGCGCGUGAGGGAGACCCAGCGCAUCAUUUCUGGGGUGAGGUACCACGAGGACUUCGAGAAGAGCAAAGGCAGCUUCACCCCCACCACCUCCGACCCGGUGACGGAGCGUGUGAAGAAGAACACGCAGGACUUCAGCGACAUCAACUACCGCGGCAUCCAGAGGCGCGUGGUGGAGAUGGAGAGGAGGCGCGCCAUCGAGCACGACCAGGAGACAACCACCGAUCUGCGUGUUUGGCGGACGAACCCCGGUUCCGUGUUCGACUACGACCCGGCUGAGGACAACAUCCAGUCCAGAAGCCUCCACAUGAUGUCAGUCCAGGCGCAGCGGCGCAGUAAGGAGCACUCCCGCUCCACCAGCGCCCUGAGCGGCCUGGGGGACGAGAAGUCCGAGCUGUCCCAGGACCCGGACCACCACAUGUCCCUCUACAGCAACGGCUUCAUGGCCUCCUCCGCCGGCUACCAACACGCUAAGACGGUGGAGCUGCAGCAGAGGUCCUCGUCCGUGGCCACGCAGCAGACGACCGUGUCCUCGGUCCCCUCCCACCCCUCCACCACUGGGAAAACGGUGCGCGCCAUUUAUGACUACGGCGCCGCAGACAACGACGAGGUCUCCUUCAAGGACGGCGACGUCAUCGUCAACGUGCAGGCCAUCGACGAGGGCUGGAUGUACGGCACGGUGCAGCGCACCGGCAAGACCGGCAUGCUGCCCGCCAACUACGUGGAGGCCAUCUGAGAGACGCCCCGACCCCGGCCACGUAGUUUGUAGUGCUUCAUGUGACCGUUAUCCUCCACGUGUAUGUUAUCUUCUACGUGACCGCAAUCCUCCAUGUGACCGUUAUCCUCCAUGUGACUCUUAUCUUCCAUGUGACCGUUACCCUCCAUGUGACCGAUAUCCUCCAUUUGACCGCAAUCCUCCAUGUGACCGUUAUCCUCCAUGUGACUCUUAUCUUCCAUGUGACCGUUACCCUCCAUUUGACCGCAAUCCUCCAUGUGACCGUUAUCCUCCAUGUGACUCUUAUCUUCCAUGUGACCGUUAUCCUCCAUGUGACCGUUAUCCUCCAUGUGACCGAUAUCCUCCAUGUGACCGCUAUCCUCCAUGUGACCCGUUAUCUUCCAUUUGACCCUUAUCUUCCAUGUGAGCGUUACCCUCGACGUGACCGUUAUCUUUCACGUGUCCUGUAGAUGUAACGUACAUAAUAUUUCUGACCACACUACUUCUAAUCGACAUUUUGAAACUCUCGCCAACGCGCCCUUUGUAUAUUUAUAGAACAUAAAUACUAGCAUAUAUGAAACAUUCUCCUCUCAAGUAGUUUCCGAUUAUCGGCGUUAAUGGAAAACUGAGGAGAGAAAAAGAAACGAGUGUGAUGACGAAACGCAGGAGGAGUCCAUCAGCGUCUUCCUCAGCGAUGAAGAGUCUCAGUUUUCCCUCCUGAAUGUGUGUUUGUUUGGAUCAAUAAAGCACACGAGCUCCUGCAGCACUCA